UCUUCCCAGCCAGACGCUGAUUCUUUUGGGCCACACCCAAACCGCUGAUGCUUUUUGUUGACCAGCCAUUGAAAUAGUGAUAAACUCCCUAUACAGUCAACUUUGAAAAUGGUCUUAGAGGUAUCUAGCAUUAAUUGUCGAGAAGAACCGUCAUCCAUAUCCUUCUCUGGAUCUGGCUUCUUGGCCACCUACCAGUUAGGGGUUGCCCAGUGCUUUCUACAAAAUGCACCUUGGAUCGUGCGAACGGCGCCGCGUAUACUCGGAGUGUCGGCAGGAUCGUUGGUAGCCGCUGCUGUUGCCUGUGAAAUGAACCUGAUUACAAUGCGGAAUGAGAUGCUGAGUUAUGCCAAAAAGAUGCACAGCUUCACUCUUGGACCGUUCAGUCCGUCAGUCAAUGUUUUGGACUGGUUAGAAUGUGUCUUACAUAAACAUCUUCGUCCUGAUGCACAUCUUCUCGCAAAUGGGCGUCUUGCUGUGGCUGUUACCCGUCUAGAUAAUGGCGAGCACAUUCUCAUCACAGAGUACCUGUCCAAAGAUGAUGUCAUACAGGCACUACUUUGCAGCUGUUUUGUUCCUGGAUAUUGUGGCAUGCUACCUCCCUCCAUCAAUGGAGUACACUACAUGGAUGGAGGCUUCAGCAGUAUACUGCCAGUGGUCUCAUUACCCGGUCGCAUUUUAACGGUGUCUCCAUUCUCUGGAGAGACAGACGUCUGUCCUGCAGACACACCCUGCAUGUGGGACAUGGUGGUGACCGGACUCACCUUGAAGGGCAAUUUGGCAAAUGGCCUGAGGUUCUUUAAUGCACUCUACCCACUAAAAGUUGAGACUGUGGAGCAAGCCUAUCACAGCGGUUACAAUGACGCCAUUCAUUUUCUUCUGAGCAACCAGCUUGUUUCAAACAUGACGGACAAAACAAUGAUGCCGGAGCUGGACAGUUACAGUCGCACUCAAACGCCAACAUUCCUGGAAACCAUGUCAGAGGAAGAGGAGGACGAGGAAACAGAGACAACAAUGGCAUCUUUUCAAGUUGACGAAAGCAUGCAGAUGGACAGUUCUGAUGAACUUCAAUCUUGCAACUCAAAUAAAGAACAGACAUGUUUUCCUCCCACUUCGGACACUUCAAAGAACGUUCUACUUGACAGUGUGACAGAUUACAACAAUAGGCUGAGAUCUCCUGUUGGUUUCUUGGCUUACUUGUUGCUUCCCAUCAUGCAGUUGUUCCAGACCCAGGAAAGAGUGGAGUUGCUGUUUCAAAGGACUCCAGACUUGGCUUUUUGGACUUUGUAUAGCCUGAGGCAGUUUGCAGUCUUCUUUUUCGGCAUUAUGUUUGGUACCGUCAAGAAGAACUUUAUGGACAUGCUCUUACCGUUCAUGUUGAUUCUUCAGUUGUUGAAACAGCCAUCAGAAAAGGAGGUUACGCACCAGCAGAAUUGCCGCACUCGUCCCAAGGAGCUUUCUUUCCCUGCUCACCCCGAAAGUGUCCGGUGUGGAGCUGGCCGUUCCAUACCUCCCUUACGAAAUGUAUAAAGUACCAGAAUUAAAAGUAAUAAGACUUUAAAAAUGUAGGUCAAGUGGGAAGGUCCUCGGGAAUGGUUGUGUACAGUGUGCUCCUUUACUAUUAUGUUUUUUUUUUCAAAGCAGGCUUUCUAAGAUUUGUACCAUAUUUUCCGGGCUAUAGAGCACAUAAGCCGCACCCACUUAAUUUUUACACACAUUUUAUUUUGUACAUAUAUUGAGUGCGCGGGUCUAUAAGCCACAGAUGUACACAUUGAAACAUGAAAUAUUUACAUAGGUUCUUGUGUUAAUUCACACAUUUAACAAAAGACAUACUGUAACCCAGGGGUCGGGAACCUUUUUGGCUGAGAGAGCCAUUUAAGCCAAAUAUUUUAAAAUGUAUUUCCGUGAAAGCCAUAUCAUAUUUUUUAACACUGAAUACAACUAAAUGUCUGCAUUUUUAAGUAAGACCAACAUUUAUAGAGUAUAAUAUGUCACAAACUCGCAUGGCAGUAGUAGUAGAGACCCCUAGAUGCAGGAACCAGGAGAGCGAGGUGCAGGUAAGAUUCUUUUAAUAUCACCAACAGAGGAGAAUGAAGCAGUCUUGCAUGUAGAGUUCUAAACAAUAGUCAAUCUUUGCGCGCAAGGUAAGCGUAAAUAGAAACAUGCCGAUUGGCAGCAGUUGAGGGGAAAAAAAAACACAGCGAGACAAACAGGAAAUGGAAACAAAAUAAAAGCACUGAUGGGAGGUAAAUACGAAACAAAGAAGCAAAAACAGAAAUGAAGUGACAGAUCUUCAUAUAAUAAGCCUCUUAUUCUUUUUAAUAACAUUUUUAUUCGGAAGCUCACCGAUGAUAAAAUCCUUCUUACCAUUAUUGCGACUUCUUGAACAGGUGCGGUCGAACACAGAUGGAUGGAUUAAAAUGUAUGAGAAUGUUUUAUAUUUUGAAUGUAAUUUUUAACACUGCGAUUACCAGCGGAAUUAUUCAUUACUUAUCGUGUUAAGCAAUGUCAGCUAAGAUUUAUCUGAGAGCCAGAUGCAGUCAUCAAAAGAGCCACAUCUGGCUCUAGAGCCAUAGGUUCCCUACCCCUGCUGUAGCCUAUCGGAGAGGUCAUUCUCCCGUGUAUUCUUCUUUGGCGCACGGUGUACCAACCUUUUCGAGGCCCUUUAGUAGCAAUGUUUUUCUUCCUUUUCCGAUGGCCGGGUGGAUUGUCUUCGACUUUGAGGCUUGGGCUUUACAUUUCCUCCAACACACUUCAAGCUUUCAGUAAAAUACCAAAUUCCUUAACCGUUGUGUUGUCCUCAUUUGUUGUAUACACCCCGUGUCCUCCGGGUCAAAAUGACCCGUCUUCACUAAGCUCCCAAUAUAAGCAGCUUAUAUUAUAAAUGUAAACACCGAAUUACAUCUUGCUUGAAGAAACAACUUGUCAUUCACCAUAAAAUGUGUGAAUAACUGAGUUUUCCCUCUUUACUUUAUUUCUAUAGAUUAAGAAAAUAAAAAAAAAAUGUGCGUUUUGAAUGCAUUUUUAUUCAUCCCAAUGACUCAGUUUCUUUCUUUUCUUUCUCAAUACUUGAGUAGUUUUUUCACAACAUACUUUUUACUUUUACUCAAGUAAAUAUUUGGGUGACUACUCCUUACUUUUACUCGAGUAAUAAGUCUCGAAAGUAAAUGUACUCUAACUUGAGUACAAUUUCUGGCUACUCUACCCACCUCUGGUUAUUGCAAUUGAGUUUCUUCCACGAUCAUUGUUGUGUAAACAGUCGAUUGAAGUAAUUGUUAUCAUUGAUAUAUGUAACAAAUAUACAACAUUCUAGAUCUCAACUACUUAUUGAAGCACUUAAAACUACUUUCAGAGUUGCUGGACUUUUGUUAAAGUACACAUGAGGAUAUUGAAUAAUUGCAUUGUGUGAACACAAAUGUUUCCUGUUUUAGUUUUGCUUACUCACUAUUCACAGUAUGUCGUGAUUAUUGGUUACAGUAGUUAACCCUUUGUAAAGAAUGUUUGUUGUGAUUUUAUGUAUCUCAAAUUAAAGAGUCAGAGGUG